ACCCCCCGGUCCCGGUUGUGUCAUGGCGGCUCCGAGGCUUCCAGCCGGUGAGUGGGACCGAGAUGUUGAGCUUUUUGUACGCUCGGCAGUCGGGGUUGGAGGACCCUCUUCGCUUGCGUAGAGCGCAGUCCACACGGAGGGUCCUGUCACUGGAGCUGAACAAAGACAGAGAUGUUGAAAGAAUCCACUGCAGUGGAGUUAACACCCUUGAUAUUGAGCCUGUUGAAGGAAGAUACAUGCUCUCGGGUGGCUCAGAUGGUGUGAUUGCACUCUAUGACCUUGAGAACGGCAGCAGACAGCCCUAUUACACAUGUAAAGCAGUGUGUACCGUUGGCAGAAGCCAUCCCGAUGUUCACAAAUACAGCGUGGAAACGGUUCAGUGGUAUCCCCAUGAUACAGGCAUAUUCACAUCCAGCUCAUUCGAUAAAACUCUGAAAGUGUGGGAUACCAAUACUUUGCAGGCUGCAGAUGUGUAUAAUUUUGAGGAAACAGUUUAUAGUCAUCAUAUGUCACCAGCAGCCACCAAGCACUGUCUCGUAGCAGUUGGUACUAGAGGACCCAAAGUACAACUUUGUGACUUAAAGUCUGGAUCCUGUUCUCACAUUCUACAGGGUCACAGACAGGAAAUAUUGGCAGUUUCCUGGUCACCACGCCAUGACUAUAUCUUGGCAACAGCCAGUGCCGACAGUAGAGUAAAAUUAUGGGAUGUGAGAAGAGCAUCAGGAUGUUUGCUCACUCUUGAUCAGCAUAAUGGGAAGAAGUCACAAGCUGCUGAAUCAGCCAACACUGCUCACAAUGGGAAAGUUAAUGGCUUGUGUUUUACAAGUGAUGGGCUUCACCUGCUCACUGUUGGCACAGAUAACCGAAUGAGGCUCUGGAACAGCUCCAAUGGGAAGAACACACUGGUGAACUAUGGCAAAGUUUGUAAUGACAGUAGGAAAGGACUGAAAUUCACCGUCUCCUGUGGCUGCAGCUCAGAAUUGGUUUUUGUUCCAUACGGUAGCACCAUUGCUGUUUAUGCAGUUUACUCAGGAGAGCAGCUAACUCUGCUGAAGGGCCAUUAUAAAAGUGUCGACUGCUGUGUGUUCCAGCCUCACUUCCAGGAACUGUACAGCGGUAGCAGAGACUGCAAUAUUCUUGCUUGGGUACCAUCUUUAUACGAACCAGUUCCUGACGACGAUGAUGAGGCUAAAACUAAAUCUCGGUUGAAUCCAGCGUUUGAGGAUGCCUGGAGCAGCAGUGAUGAGGAAGGGUGACGGUCAGCCAGCCUUUGCUCCUUGUCCAUGGGACCUCUACAGCGGUGUUCCUGGGGACUUCAGCCUGGGGCUCUUCUUUUGGUUAUUGUUGGUUUUGAGACAAGGUCUCACUGUGUAGCCCUGGCUAGCCUGGAACCAGACGAGGCUCAAACUUUCAGCCAUUCUCCUGCCUCUGCUUCCCAAGUGUUGGGAUGACGAAUGUGUACCACAUUGCCGUGUGUGUGUGUGUGUGUGUGUGUGUGUGUGUGUGUGUGUGUGUGUGUGUGUGUGUGUUUUAUUUUGCUUAACUCUUCAGUCAGUUUCUGGCCUGUUAAUUCUGAAUUUGUUUCCCCUGUAUUUUAAAGUGAGAAUGUGUAUAAAACCCUAAAAUUAGCUUCUCUGUGGUUUUAAUUCAUCCAAACCUUUCUCCUUGAGCCUGUUUGCCAUGGUAGCAGGCCAGCUGCUACGGGCACAGGACAUGAACAGAAGCUAUUGUUCUCAGCUGGGCCCUAUGUAGGUCUGAUGAGUGGAUGAUGUGUCUCAGCCCUGGCUCCCCUGGCUGUGCUACCAGCCUUCUCCUUUCCACCUUCCAGGGGGUAUUUUAACAAGAAUAAUUAAGAAAAAACAAACCAAAAAUAGUUGUUGUAAAGGUAACAUCAUAACUCUGUAUUCUCUUUAUUCAUAUUGAUGGCUUCAUGUAAUUCACUGUCUUCUAGCUUUAUGUCAGACAGUGUACAGCUCGUGUCUCCUCCAGUCUGAGCAGUGUAUCACAUGGGCAAUCCCCUGACCACUUGUUACUUUGAAAGGGCAGCUUGUACUCAGUCCUCAUUUUCUUCCUGUGAAACUCAGCAAGAUCCGUGCCAGGGUCUAGAUUAAACAUGAAAUGUUCUAAUAAAAUGUCUGUUGUUCUCUC